UGCUUUCGACCUGUUCUCCUUGUAUCUGGGAUCUCCAGAUUUUCUCUCCACUCUCUUCCUCUCGCAUUCGAUUGCCACGUGCAAACUCGACUUUGCCGGCGGAAAGGGUCUUCGUCUCUCGCCGGCAGAUCGAAUCUCCAACUUCUCCGAUUCCCGAUUAAUUUACCGAUUGAUUAACUUAUAUUCUUUCUAGGGUCUUCCUUAGGCCUUAAAAACCUCGAAACCCUCAAUUUUUACACCUUCUUCGUCCAAUUCCUGUUCAAAUUUUCCAUUUAUGGCGCUUAGGGUUACCUUCACAUACUCUAGCUAUGUUGCUAGAAACAUUGCUUCAUCCGCCGCGACUCGCGUCGGUACCGGCGAUGUCCGAUCAUGCUUCGAAUGCUGGGUCCGUCCCAGAUUCUUCGGUCACAACCAGAAACCCGAUAUGGAUAAAUCUUCAGGAUCCAACACUCUUGCCCGACCAGCUUCCAUGUAUAGCACCAUUGCGAGGGAAAUCCUCGAAGAAGGAAGCCAGAGUCCGCUUGUGUUGGGGAUGAUCUCCAUCAUCAAAUUAACCGCACCUCCGGAGCUUUUGGGCAUGAACGUCCUCGGGAUCUCGCCCUUCAAGACUUCUUCUGUAAUCCCGUUUCUUAGGGGGUCUAAGUGGAUGCCUUGUAGCAUUCCGGCGACAUUAUCAACGGAUUUUGCUGACGUUGAUAGGGGAGUAAAGGCGUGUGAUGCCAAGGUGAAGCUGGGUUUAAGUAAUAAAGGCUCCAAUGUUGGAAACGGAUGGGUUAAUAAGCUUUUGAAUAUCUGCUCGGAGGAUGCUAAGGCUGCUUUCACGGCCGUGACUGUUUCUCUCCUAUUCCGUUCGGCUUUGGCCGAGCCAAAGUCUAUACCUUCAACCUCUAUGUACCCUACUCUCGAUGUCGGUGAUCGUGUUAUAGCCGAGAAGGUCUCGUACAUUUUCAGAAAGCCAGAGGUGUCAGAUAUAGUCAUCUUCAAGGCUCCUCCCGUUUUGGUGGAACAUGGUUACAACUGUACUGAUGUUUUCAUAAAAAGGAUAGUUGCAAGCGAAGGUGACUGGGUUGAAGUUUGUGAUGGAAAGCUCUUAGUGAAUGACACCGUUCAAGCGGAGGAUUUUGUCUUAGAGCCAAUUGACUAUGAAAUGGAACCAAUGUUCGUCCCUGAAGGUUAUGUCUUUGUCCUAGGAGACAACCGCAACAAAAGCUUUGACUCUCAUAACUGGGGUCCACUUCCGAUAAAGAACAUCAUUGGAAGAUCCGUGUUUCGGUAUUGGCCACCGAGCAAAGUUUCAGACACAAUACACCAUGACCAAGUUAUCCAAAAGGGAGCUGUCUCUGUUUCAUGACCGGGUACAGAUGUCUGGAUGGGUUCUUUGGAUUAAGCAGGAAAUUGAAUAGAUGAAGCCAAGAGCAACGAGCAGUUGUUUCGUUCUGUGUAGUUAGAGCAAUGGGAAAUCCCAAAAAAAGAAGAAGGAAAAACUAAAACAUUUUUGGUAUGAUUUAUUUGUUGUGUUGAAACCUAAAAUGCAAUCAUUGUAAUGGCAGUCGUUGUCUAACAUAAGCGUAAAGUGAGUACUAGAUUACCCUGCUUGCUUACCCAUCUGUAGAAACAUCACAGUACAACUGUACAAGCGGAGAACAAGUUCUUCCAUUCACU